AUGGAAGCAGCUAACCUCUCGGUGGCCUCCACCGGUGUCGCCCUUCGCCUGGGACCCGCAGCCUUCAGCAGCAGCCCACACCCAAGCGGGGUCGUCGGAUCGACCCCAGGCGGUGCGGCCCCGCCGGGCCGAGAACCGCCCUUCUCCGUCUUCUCGAUGCUGGUGGUGACGCUGCUGGUGCUGCUGAUCGCGGCCACGUUCCUGUGGAACCUGCUGGUUCUGGUCACCGUCCUGCGCGUCCGCGCCUUUCACCGUGUGCCGCAUAACUUGGUGGCCUCGACGGCCGUGUCGGACAUGCUAGUGGCCGCGCUGGUAAUGCCCCUGAGCCUGGUGAGCGAGCUGUCGGCUGGGCGACGGUGGCUGCUGGGCAGGCGUCUGUGCCACGUGUGGGUCUCCUUCGACGUGAUGUGCUGCACCGCCAGCAUUUGGAACGUGGCGGCCAUCGCCCUGGACCGCUACUGGACUAUCACGCGCCACCUGCAGUACACGCUGCGCGCCCGCCGCCGCGCCUCGGUGCUCAUGAUCGCGCUCACCUGGGCGCUCUCGGCUCUCAUCGCCCUCGCACCGCUGCUCUUCGGCUGGGGCGAGGCGUACGACGCUCGACUGCAGCGCUGCCAGGUGAGCCAGGAACCCUCCUACGCCGUCUUCUCCACCUGCGGCGCCUUCUACCUGCCGCUCGGCGUGGUGCUGUUUGUCUACUGGAAGAUAUAUAAGGCGGCCAAGUUUCGCUUCGGUCGCCGCUGCAGGGCUGUGCUGCCCCUGCCCUCCACCGCGCAGGGAAAGGAGGCCCCUCAGGAGGCUGAGAUGGUGUGCACAGCCCGCCGCCCCGCGGCAGCCUUUCCGCCGAGCGGAGCCUCGUGGCGGGAGCAGAAGGAGAAGCGGGCGGCCGUGAUGGUGGGCAUCCUCAUCGGCGUGUUCGUGCUGUGCUGGACCCCCUUCUUCCUGGCCGAGCUCAUCGGCCCCCUCUGCGCCUGCAGCCUGCCCCCCGUCUGGAAAAGCGUGUUCCUGUGGCUAGGCUACUCCAACUCCUUCUUCAAUCCCCUGAUUUACACGGCGUUUAACAAGAACUACAACAGUGCCUUCAAGAGCCUUUUCACCAAGCAGAGAUAAAGCCAGGGCUUGGAGAGGGGAGGGAACUGGACUUUCUCCCCUUCAUUUGUGAUCUGGGCCAGAGCCGUCCCACCGCUGAGUAUCAAUGACAGUUGGGAACCAUAGCACUUGGGCCUGGACUGCAGGAGCAGCGAAGCCAAAGGCCCAGCACUUGGGCCUGGACUGCAGGAGCAGCGAAGCCAAAGGCCCUCCAGAAAGACAGAAGGCGGGUGGCAAGUGUGCAGCCUUGCCCUGUCACCGAGUGAUGCAGACAUUGCUAAUCGAUCUCAGCACAUCUUCCCACCGAGCUGGAACUCAGCCUCAGGAUCCUUUCUGGACAGUGCAUUCGGCAGUUAUUGCUAAUUGGCCAGAAUUCAUGUGGCGCUAGUGGUAAAGAAGCUGCCUGCCAGUGCAGGAGAUGUAACAGAC